AAAAAAAAAAGAAAAGAAAGUAAGAAGCACGUGGAGGGAAGGAAAGAGGCGAAAAUGGUGGUCAAAAUUGGGACAAACAUGGCUGCUUUGGUUGACAACGGCGGCUUCACCAAGCACCAACCAUCACCAACGCCAAGCUUUGACCCCUCACCAAAACCCACCUUUUAUUUUUCACUUAUAAUAACAAAGAAGCACACAGAUUUGGCUCCUACCCCCACAAACCACAUCUAUAUAAACCAUUUCAUCUCUCAACCCACUCUCACUCCCUCUCUAGACAUGGCUUCCACUGCCUUCCUUUCUCUCUCUGCAAUGCUCCUUGUUUCUCUUGUGACCAAAUUCAUAUUCCCCAUGUCUCCAAUUGCUUUGGGGGUCACCAUCUUCCUUGCUCCUCUUCUUACUUACAUCAUCUCUUCCAUGGCCUCCUCCUCCUCCUCCAAGCUUCCUCCUGGCCCUCUCUCCUUUCCCAUCUUUGGCAAUUGGCUCCAAGUUGGCAACGACCUCAACCAUCGCCUUCUCGCUUCCUUGUGCCAAAGAUUCGGCUCCAUAUUCCUCUUGAAGCUCGGCUCCAAGAACCUCGUUGUCGUGUCGGAUGCCGAGCUUGCUAGCCAAGUUCUCCAUGCUCAGGGCGUUGAGUUUGGCUCUCGUCCUCGAAACGUCGUGUUCGAUAUCUUCACUGGAAAUGGUCAGGAUAUGGUGUUUACCGUUUAUGGGGACCAUUGGCGUAAGAUGCGUAGAAUCAUGACGUUGCCGUUCUUCACGAACAAGGUGGUGCAUAACUAUAGUGGCAUGUGGGAGGAUGAGAUGGACUCGGUGGUUCGUGAUCUAAGGAGUAACGACAAGUUUCAAUCCGAGGGGAUAGUUAUUAGAAAGCGUUUGCAGUUGAUGCUGUACAAUAUCAUGUAUAGAAUGAUGUUUGAUGCGAAGUUUGAAUCCCAAGACGAUUCUUUGUUCAUUGAAGCGACUCGAUUCAACUCGGAGAGGAGUCGAUUGGCGCAGAGCUUUGAGUACAACUAUGGAGAUUUCAUUCCUUUGCUUAGACCCUUCUUGCGAGGUUAUUUGAACAAGUGCAGGGAUUUGCAGGGUAGGAGGUUGGAGUUUUUCAACAAAAACUACGUCGAGAAGCGAAGGAACAUUAUGGCUGCCAAUGGAGAUAAGCACAACAUAAGUUGUGCUAUGGAUCAUAUCAUAGACGCUCAGUUGAAAGGCGAGAUAAGUGAAGAGAAUGUGAUUUACAUCGUAGAGAACAUCAACGUGGCAGCGAUAGAAACGACAUUGUGGUCAAUGGAAUGGGCAAUAGCGGAGUUGGUGAAUCAUCCAGACAUCCAACACAAGAUUCGGGAGGAGCUAAAAAAUGUCCUAAAGGGAAACGAAGUGAGUGAAUCCAACCUUCAUGAACUGCCGUACUUGCAAGCAACAGUGAAAGAGACGCUGAGGCUGCACACUCCAAUACCGUUGUUGGUGCCACAUAUGAACUUGGAAGAGGCGAAACUCGGAGGGUACACCAUCCCAAAGGAGUCCAAGGUGGUGGUGAAUGCAUGGUGGCUCGCAAACAACCCCGAGUGGUGGAAGAACCCAGAAGAGUUCAGGCCAGAGAGGUUCUUUGAGGAAGAAAGUGGGACGGAAGCUGUUGCUGCAGGCAAGGUGGAUUAUCGGUUCUUACCAUUUGGAGUUGGAAGGAGGAGUUGCCCUGGAAUUGUGUUGGCAAUGCCAAUCUUAGGGCUCAUCGUUGCCAAAUUGGUAUCCAAGUUUGAAAUGAAGCCUCCAAGUGGGAUGGAGAAGAUCGAUGUGACCGAGAAAGGAGGUCAAUUCAGUUUGCACAUUGCCAACCACUCCACUGUUGUGUUUAACCCCAUAAUUGCUUAACUUGCCAACACCCAGUCUCCCUAUUUUAUAUUGGUUUUUCUUUACAUAUAAAACAUUUAAUUUGUAUUUGAACUCGAUCGAAUAAAUCCUUUGACUAGGAAUGAUAAUGAAGAACACGUUUGAUAGAA